UCACCAAAAGCGGUGCAGUGAUGUUAGUGUAAAUGUUGCCGGUGCGUAUGUUGCACCUUAACAUAUAUCCUUCAUCUUGGUAUUUUAUUCCCUUUCCUCCUGCGCUGUCGCCCACUUUCCUUGCUUUCGGUCGUGCUUCGGGGCGUGUCGACGUUCUCGCUUCUUGGAUCAUCGACGGAGGCGUUGACCGGUCACCGCUCUGCGUAGUCGGCUAAAGGAGGUUCACUCUGGUAACUUUGUUCACCAUGCCAUUCUCCACCAACCAGUAUUCGCGUUCGCGUUCUCCAUCGCCUUCUGGUGGUCCGCCGAUUCAUAUUCGAGACGAAUACGAGGAUAGUGUUGGUUCAGACAUCGAGGACAAUUCUCCCGAUCUGCGAACGCUCACGUCUCGCGCACCAUUCGUCGCUUCGACGUCCUCUCCUUCAAACCUGAACCAGAACCUUCUUUAUCCUCGCUCAGAUAACUAUGGUCGCGACAACGUGUCACCCUGUUCGACUGCGUCGGCAACGCCCAUACCAUCGCGUUCUUCGUCGCCUCAACCGCUCUACCUCCAUACGUCCUCGUCUUCUUCGGAUGACAGCGACAGCGAAUACCCUUUUCUUUCAAGUAGUUUGUCGCGGCGUGCUUCAUCGUGGAGGGAGAGGCCUCGAUGGUGGCAGAUGGGUGGGUCGAGAAGGAGACGGAGACGGGAUACGAUAUCUUGGGUUCGGACGACGAAGCGAAUAUUCAGAAGGCUUAUUCGACAUCCAUUUGUUCCCAAAACACCGUUAACCAUUAUAUUGACACUGUUACUACUCACAGCAUUUGGCGUCUCGUUAACAUUCCUCCUCAUCUAUAUUCUAAAUCCAGAUAAAGAGCCGCUACCAUGGAGAGGGUACUGCACAAUACCUUCUUUCACUGAGCUACCCCCGCCGUCUUCGCUUCCCCCUACCGCGUCCUUCCCCUACUUUCCCCCGAAGAACUUUACACCGCCCUCAUUUCCACCGGAUGAUUUCGAGACAUUGUCUCCCGCCGGUGUAUUCCUGGGCAUAUUUUCAAUCGAUACCGGCAUUGAACGUCGCAUGUCAAUACGCUUAACGUAUGCUAGCCAUGCCCGAAGUCGAGAAGGGGCUGGUAAGGGCGACGGCGGCCUGGGUACUUCGCGAACUAUUAUCAGGUUCAUUCUCGGACAACCUCGCAAGGAUUGGGAACGCAGAAUUCAACUCGAGAUCGACAAAUACCACGACAUUAUCAUUCUACCCGUGUCUGAAAACAUGAACGGCGGCAAGUCUCACGCCUUCUUCACCUGGGCCUCCUCGAACGCUUGGGUUCCACCACUAUAUUCGACGAACUUCUCGUCAAUACCUGAGGGCCUGACAUACACCAACGCGACAUCCCCACCACCUGCGCUCGCGAUGCAUGAUCCCGUAUUCGCGCAUCGAGACAAGGAAUCUAGCAACCCAAUGCCUUGGGUUCACCCGGACUUUGUGCUCAAAGCGGAUGAUGACGCUUUUGUGAUGCUUGCUGAACUGGAAGCACACUUGCGGGUUGCGUUACAUGCUCAGCCUGCUCCUCAUGCGGUAAAAGAUCUUCCAGUACAAACCCUUUCCGACCGGGACAUUCAAAAUGACACGCUAAUAUUUCAUACACCUCUUGAUUCAACGUCUUCUGAUGAUUCUCAUACGGCGACAAACUCUCCGAACACCUUGAUAUCCUCUCCGCCGUCGGAUCCUUCACCACUUCAGAACAACGACCCCCUUAUUUAUUGGGGAUACCUUGUCAAGAAUCGAUUCAUGGCGGGCGAACUGUACGGUCUUAGUUACAGUUUAGUCAACUGGAUUGCCAAGGAUCCCCAAAUUAAAGGGUUGACCCGGGGUGCGGAAGACAAGCAAACCUCGAAGUGGAUGAGACUACAUCCUCGAGCGUCCGAGGUCAGGUGGGUCAGUGAACGGUGUUGGAUUUACGACCAUCCCAGAGCGGGUACUGUGUAUGUACUCACACGGCUUCCUGUUCCCGUCUGAGGUCAAGCGUGUUCAAAGGGAUGUCCUCUUCGAUUUAGAACAUAACGCGUCACAGGAAAGCACAACCUUGGACAAGUCAUCCAGUAUCUCCGCGUUUUCACCUUUCGGACCCUAUGGUGCCUCACCCCCUACGUGGUCACGGUCAACAGUCUCCACGUUCGGAAUCCGAUAUUCACUCCCGAUAUCGGACCUGACCACUGAUCAAAGCAUUGAGGCGCUUGUGGAAGGUAGUGAGAUGUCUCGUCUUCGUGAAGGCACGAGUUCUCCUGGGACUAUCGACCAUGCAUGGCGGCAUCGUGAAGGCAAGCUCAAGCGAUACAACGGAAGACGUCUUGGUGGUACCAUCGCCGUACAUUUCAUCAAGAAAAACAUGUGGUUCCUUGAGGCUGCGCUGGCGCUGCUCGAAGGCGAGGAUAUAACGGAAGUGGAGCGUUCGCAUGCAGAAGAAGACUCUCAGUUACAUAGGAAAGCCGUUUUGCUAGAGUCACACCCUCGAACAAGGCUACUUGAUGAUGUAAUUGUAGAAGGCUCAUAACCACUGUUAUAUAAUUUAGAUUUUCGACACAUAUCCAUACCUUAUUGAUUCCCUUGCUGUCCAUACAUACUACAAUCCCCGUACUAUACAUCAAAGUCAUUUGUCUACAAGAACAUUGUAUACCUGCAAUUACUGUUGUGGAGUCGAGAUCUCAGCGUGAAUGAGAGCCCACUCUUUCAAACACAU